AGAGAGAGAGAGAGAGAGAGGGACAUGAGAGAAAGAAUUAAUAAAAUAGGCAAAUAAUAGUUACUAUGGAAUAUAGUUGCAACAUAUCUGGCUUUCAAGAAAGAAUUUCAGGGGUGUUGUCUAAAUGGACUGCCCUUCAAAUGGCUGUCCAUAAUGAAUGGGGUGGCCAUGACUCCAUUACCAAAUACAAUCAACUUGCAUCUGAUAUACUCGUUUGGCUCUUACAUUGUAAAGCACAACUUCAAACAGAGGAUUUGGAGACUUUGUUGCAUGAAAGAUUGUUGCUUACUUUCAACACAGAGAUUGAGGAUGGCAGUAUUGAGGAGGUGGCCGAGCAAUUGAUCAUCAUACGUGACGAUUAUUUACAAGGAAACGUAGGUACACCUAAGUAUUUGCGUGAGAAUCAAGCUUCAAGGAGGAAGAAUAAACAAAAACAACCAGCAAGGCUACUAAAGGAAAAACAACAACACGCAAACACCAGAAGUAGUAGAAUAAAGCUCUCCUCCUCCAAUUGCAGACAAACAGCCACACAGACGAUGGACCAACACCUAGAGACAACCCGCCAAAAGGAAUGUAACCCAGCCCAAGAUAAGAACCCAAAAACUCUGACUAGCUGGACCCUCCGUCGAACUAAACUCCUUAGCUGGACCCUAACCCCGCUGGCCCAAAGCCACCCUCGGCCCAACACCCAAUUCACGCUGCCCGCUCUAACCAAAAUCAACAAACCCAGCACAGGGGCAGCAGAAUCAAACAGGGGAAAGAAGGCCACAACCCACCUUGGCCAACUCACCGGAGAAGGUCAGAGUCAGCCGAAAUCCCAUGCCUCGACAGCCGCCGAACCCUCCACCAACAAAUUCUCGUCUCCACCCGAACUACCGCACACCGCUCCAUCCCCUAAGAAGUUGAGGACGACGAAGGCGAUCGUAGCUGUGGUCGUCUCUGCGAGUCUGCAGCCUAACGCUGCACCUAACGGCACAACGGAAUCCCGAACCUCGUCCUCAAUGAUAGGCACUUAA